AGACAACUUCACGAAUCCCAGGGUCUUGCAAUACUAUUGAGAUUUCCCAGUUACAUGCCUCCAGUAUAGAGUACGCCCGAAGGUUUCGAUAACAAUGGACGAACUUGGACAAGACCACCGAGAUGAACUCGGAGAUCAUUCACAUCAGGGGAGGCGUGCAAAUCAACGCAGGAACAGAAACGCGCCGGUUCCAGAAAGCACUAGCCAGCACCGCACUGCUUGCUUUACGUGCCGCGCAGCUAGACAGAAGUGCGACCGGCGGACUCCUUGCUCACGAUGCGUCAUUCAAGGGCACACUUGUCGCUAUCCACUGAAGUCCAAUCGAGGCAGGAAGGAAGGAAGCACAAACAAGCCAGACACCGUUCAAAAGCUGUUGGACCGUAUCAACGAAAGUCCUGUUCGGGACCAAGUCAUCGUAGCCAUCAUCAACUCAUCUAAAGCUCAGUCGCAUUCUGAAUUGUCAGCUCUAGACUCGUUCUCGAGUUUGAGAGACAGUGUGCCGGCUCAGUUGGAUGCGGCAGUAGUGGAUGAAACGAUAUUCCCUGCUCUCAUCGAGCAAAGUGAAGAGUCAGAAUGUGAUGGGCCGCCGGACUCGACUCUUUCCCCGUGUCCGUGUUCAAAGCUGAAAAAGGAGAGUUCCGUUGUGUCACCCCUUCAUAUCAUGGCAGCUGCUUUUACGACAAAGGAUACGAGUUUCGCAAAUCAGAAUGUCGACACAGCCAUGCCGUACCUGCCACUCGAUGCAGUCGGUCGACGAGGCAACGAAGGUUCGAUGAGAAAGAGGCUGAUAGAGUACUUCACACCUCGUGUGACCCAUGAUACGGAUUGGUAUGUCCUGGCGUCUCAGUCGAUCAACAGCACACUGAAGUUGGAGACUACCGCUUGUGACCCCGUGACUGCGCGCCUGGCGGAUCAAGAUGACGUGUCAUUGUAUUUUCAGCUGUUCUUCCAAACGCGCAAUCCGCAUCUAGGGCUCUUGGAUCCCGAUCUACAUACCCCUAAAUACGUCCGUCACGCAUCCUUUACGCUAUUUUCCGUCAUUUGCGCUCUCGGGUGCGCCAUUUCGACACGCCCGCGGGAUCGAAUCCUGUAUCCAACUCUGCUUUCCCUAGCAGAAGCGAAUCUCGCAUGGUCCAUAGCGGUGCCAGUGAGAUCACUAGAGACGAUCCAAGCAAUCCUAGCGAUGAAGUACUGGGCACCAAUGUACCAGAAACAGGGAGACGACCCCCACUGGCUUCACAUUAGUCAUGCUGUACAACUUGCCAAAGAACUCGGAAUCAACAAGCCCACUAUUAUUGCUGAUCUUGUCAAAGCUUUAGCCCCCGACAAUACUGUCGAGAUGAGAGAGCGAUUCUCACGCAAUCUCGAAAGGACCUGGCUAUACGUUUUCAUAGCCGACAAGAGCUUCGGUAUCGUCAUGGGCCGCUCCCCGAUCGUGGCUUGGAAAGAGCUCCCGCCUUGUCCAUGUCAGUGGUGGAAGAAGUCGAUGACAACACCUCUUGAUCGUAUGAUUAGUGGUAUAAUUGAGAUCAGAGUUCAGUUGCUGGAGUCCUUAAAGCAGUUGGAGCGGAUGAAGAAGACUUCUGUGUCCAUCUCGAUUUGGCAUGCGAAAAACUACGAUGUUCUUGAUCGAACAUGCAAGAUCAGGUGCUACGAAAAUGACGCGUCGUCUACACCGACGUUGCCUAUCCUAGCCUUCUACAUGAAACACAGUCUCAUGAUUCUCAACGCGCAAGCUGCAAGGGAGUUGAGGAGACUGGGUGGAGCAACAGCCUCGACUAUUGUCGCGGUUAACAGUAAGGCAUUUGAAACCGCACGUCAACUUCUGGAUCUAGCUUUACAUGAUCAAACGGUUCUUGACAUUGGGUUGGGGUGGCACAACAACCAGUUCGUAAUGGUUGCCCACGCCAUAACGGAGAUUGUCCAAGCUCUGAGUCGAGGAGAUAUAUCUUCUGUAGAUCACGAAACGGCGGCGUCCCAAAUCCGGGCCAUCUCGACAUGGCUUGAAGAGAAAGCGCAGGCGCUUCCAGCAACAUCUAUAGCCAGUCUCUACUCCGCUUUCUCUCGACUCCUGGUUUCCGGACUAGGUGGAGAGGCCAGCAACGAUACACAGAGAAGGCAAGAUCAUACUUCUGAUGAGACUCCAGAUAGUUUAAUGACCGACUGGUCACGGGCCGUUGACGUCGCCUCUUUGAACCCAAUGGAUUGGCUUGAUAUGAGCUUUUUAGGCAACGAAGACUCGUUUGGUGGACUCGAGAAUGUGGACUUCAACGACCUCAACGAUAAUGGUGCUCUCCGGUUCCCAUGAGUAUUUUCAUCUGGGAGAAGUUCGGAUAAGGCGAGCUCAGCCAUCGACGCCGAAGGCUUGGGCCGGUUGUGGACCCUGGCACCCACAAAUUUCAGAUCUCCACGCAGUAGAAACCGUAUCGGGUUCUCGACGCUCUCGACGAGGGUGGCAGGGAAGACCAGCCAUAAUUACCAUCACCAUCGAUGGCAUCCGUCAGGCUCUUCUUGUAUGAGUAGCUUCGCAACCUCAAUCUGUCACAUACGACCAUACCCAUUGGAAAACUCGGGAUCCCGUCCGCUCUCCCAUAGAUAAGCCAAUGAGGGCCGGAUUAGUAGUUGGGUCGGUGACGACCAGCGAAUACCUGGUG